AUGCAUACCCACCACUCCCAUAGUGGAGACUACGUCUCUCAUGCUACUGGAACCUUGGAACAAAUGGUGAAAACUGCCCAGGAAAAGCAGUUUACCCAUGUAUGUCUCACGGAACACAUGCCCCGAUUGGACAAUGCUUAUCUCUAUCCAGAAGAACUAGAGAAGCAGUACACUAUCAAGAACUUGGACGAAGUGUUCACCAAAUACCUCAAACAUGCAAAUGAGAUCAAAACAAUUGUCAACACCCAGAAGAAAAUGACUAUCUUGGUCGGGUUCGAGGUUGAAGGUCUCGACACUGCCCAUAUCCAAGCAGCCAAAAAGAUAGCUGAGAUUUGUGACAUGUGCAUUGGAUCUGUUCAUUACGUCCAUGGAAUCCCUAUUGAUUUCGACGUCGAGAAGUGGAUAGCCGCGCGAGAUGUUUCAGGCUCAACCAGACAACUCUAUAAAGACUACUUUGACUUGCAAUAUGAGGUUUUAACCACACUCAACCCACAAGUCAUUGGCCACUUUGACUUAAUUCGUCUCUUCCAAAUCGAUGAGGUUGAUCCUUCGACUGGCAAGAACGUCCAGGAAAUUGAUAUUCAAAACGAUUGGCCCGAUGUCUGGCUGGCAAUCACUAGAAAUAUUGAAUAUGCAUCAUCAUAUGGUGGCCUCUUUGAACUUAACUCCGCUGCUAUUAGAAAAGGUUGGUCUUCGCCUUAUCCACGUAAAGAUAUCAGCGAUGCCAUCAUUGUAGCUGGCGGAAAGUUUUGUCUCUCUGACGAUGCUCAUACAUAUGCUCAAGUUGGUCUCAAUUACCAUAAAGUGUGGGACUAUGUGAUUAACGAGUUGAAGUUGGAGCACAUCUACCAUUUGGACCUAAACGAGUUGGGGAAGACGGUUGUAGCAAAGAAGGAAGUGAGCACCUUGUCUAAAUCGCCAUUCUGGCAACAAUACAAUUAA